AUGUCUGCAACAUCGUUUGAUGAUCUUCCUCCUGAAACAAUCAUCCAAAUCCUCUUAAGACUGCCUGUGAAAGACCUUGUGAGGUCAACUUCAGUCAACAAAACAUGGGAGUUGUAUCUUUGGAAUCCUUAUGUUAAGCGACAUAGAGUACUUGUUUCGAGUUGUUAUAAGAAGCAUCUGGAUAACUUGGAAACGACGUGUGCUUUGGGGAUGGGUUUUGACAAGCUCAUGAAUGAUUACAAAAUUGUAAGGAUUAUUUAUGUUGAGGAUGACCAGGGGGAGGUGUUGGGUGAUGUAGCUCCUAAGGUUGAAAUUUUUAGCCUGACGGAGAACGUAUGGAGGAAGAUUAAAAACCCUGGAGUUCCACGACUAGAUAUUGAAGAUGGGGUUUUCGUUGAUGGUUGUUAUUACUGGUUGGAAAGGAACUAUGCCAUAGUUGACGACACCAGUACUUGUCAUGGUCACAAACUGAGGAUAAUGUCCUUCGAUUUUCAUUCUGAGCUGUUUGGGGAAUUUAACCUCCCCGAUGAUCUUUCCCAAAUUUUGGCAAGAAAUCCCAUAAAUAAGCUUAUGCGGUUUGAGGAUUCACUUGCUCUUUGUGUUCUAGACGAACCACUAAAUAAGGGGGACUCUGGUCUUCCUUAUUGUAUAUGGUUGAUGAGACAAUAA